AGAUGAAGACAGAUCUGAGGAAGCUACAACCCGCGUCCCCCGGCCGGGAGAUGCAACCCGCUCGCAUCAUGGCUUGUUUGCGGCCGUCUUGAGAUCGCCAAGAUAUCAGCUCAUGACCUACUCUAUCCCCGAACGACGCAACCCUAUUGGGGGAGCGCCGGUGGUCUCUCAGACAGCAUGUAUUGACUAGUAAGACUGGGUUCUGUCAUGCUGCUGAAUUUUAAUAUAUCAACACCUCUGGCGAGGCUUUUGCAAAAGCAUUCGGGUGCCCUCAGAACCAAACGUCAAGUUGCGGUCUACAUCCGACAAAGCAGCCUUGGACGAUCCGUGUCUUUUCCACAAACUGCGCCCAAGCCCGUGUUAGCUGCUGUGGGGAGGAGAUAAAGAAACUUACCAUCUGCUUGAUCUCAUUUGUGUCACGUCGAAAUGGCAUAUAAGAUGGGCUAUGGGGCGGAGACGAUGAGCGAGUCUAUUCAUCAAGGCUACAACACUGUUAAGAGAGCAUACGGGAGCAAUCUUCAACACCAUUCAUACGCCCAAAACGCACUAAACACCAUGUCAGGCUACGAUAUGCGCUCUCGGCCCAUAACGAUAGAGGUCCAGCCCCCAAAGGUCAUCCAAAAGGGCGUGCCGAUGUGGCCUCCUCUCGUCGUUAGCAUCCUAGCAGAGCCCGAGGAAACCAUCACAUUCCAGGUGCUGGUUCAGGAUGCCAGCGGGUCCAUAAAAAACCCCUGGGACGACACCUAUUACUCGUCGCAGGGCUGUUUGGUCAUGAAUGGGCAAUAUCUGGACGGAGAAAACAAGUUGUACGCCAUCUUCCCAGAUAUUGUGUUCAACAGCCCCGCGCGCAAGUAUCGGUUCCAUAUCACCACGACCAAGAACUACGGUGCUGAGACGGUGGACAUCUGCGAUAACACGGUGCAAUCGAACCCAGAGUUCAAGGUGACGGUUCACUCCACGAGCACUGAACGAGGCUCGAAGGAGGAGCGGGAACUACUGAGGAGAAUGCGUGCGAGUCGUGUAUUCGAUGUACCAAAGGCACCCAAGUAAAAGUCUUAUACCAAAUAGGCACUCGUAGGCAACGGCAAUACCAGAGAUUAUAGUUUAGUUGAAGCGCUGGUCUUUGGGGGGGAGGAUCUAGAUUUCCUUGGCUGGUUUGAAUCACGGCGUUUCUGAAAAAGAGGUAAAUUGUUCAACUUGGCGUCACUAUGGCACGCCGGAAAAGGCAGUAUGUCUAGACGUUGAGGACUUAGAAAUUUUAAAUUGAGGUUCACGAUAUUUC